UUGUUGUUACGCAUUGAGAAACAUUUAUAAGGAUAAAAAAUGGCACUAGAAUAGGGAAAACUAAGGCAUGGUUGCUUUCGUGACAUCGAUUGCAUUUGUAAAUGAGGCUUUAUCUUUACGCCCUGAGUUUAUUCAUUUCUUGUAAUCAAUUGUAACCAAUGUAAUACAUAUAAUUUUUACAAAUCAGUUAAUUGUAAUUUAUUAAGAAAUCAUUUAUACAUCGGAAGCGUUUUUUCUAUCUACUUUAUAAUCGAGAAAAGUGUUCUGUUUUAAGUUUCAAAUUGUUACUACUUUCGUGUAACAUGUUCAUAAUCAGUUUAUACCUAAUACUUUUAAUUAUAGUCAUUUGAUACUAACUGUAUGGAAAGGACAAAGUGUGAGCGAUUAUUAUACUCAUAUAGAAGAAAUUCUUGUCCCUGUUGUACUUGUGCUAUAGUAUUGUUACUAACAAAGAAAAAUUUUGUAAUGCUCCUUUUAAAAACUUGAAGGAAUUAUAAGUUUAUAAUACAAAAUUUCCACAAAAAUUAUGGGACGUUACACAGGAAAGAAAUGUCGCCUUUUAACAAUGUUAGGACUCACAGCGCUUUUAUUUUUAGUAGAGAUAGUUGUCGGUUAUGUGACCAAUUCAAUGGCUUUAAUAGCUGAUAGUUUUCACAUGUUAUCGGAUGUAGCUGCAUUAGUCGUUGCAUUUCUUUCUGUGAAGAUGUCGCCGAAAAAGUGGUCCAAAAACACUUUUGGAUGGGCUAGAGCUGAGGUAUUAGGUGCUCUUGUUAAUGCAGUUUUUUUAGUUGCCUUAUGCUUUAGCAUUACUGUGGAGGCAUGCAAAAGAUUCAUUGAAGUGGAAGAAAUACAUGAAGCUAAACUUCUUGUGUCUGUGGGUGCGCUUGGUCUAUUCGUGAACUUAAUAGGUUUAUGCUUAUUUCGUGAACAUGGAAGUUCUCACGAUCAUUCGCAUGGUAUAUCACGUAGUCAUAACAGACUAAGCACAUUAGUAGGCACAGAUGACAAUGAAAAUGACAACACUUACAGACCACCAACGGCACAAGUAAAAAGAACACAUGGCCAUACACAUGAUGCAAGUCAAAUGAAUAUGCGUGGUGUGUUCCUUCAUGUAUUGUCCGAUGCAGUGGGUUCUGUCAAUGUAAUUGCCUCGGCUUUGAUAGUAUGGCUUACAAAAUGGCAAUACAGAUUUUAUAUUGAUCCAGCAUUAUCACUAUUAUUGGUUAUUCUCAUGUUACGUUCUGUUUGGCCAUUGUUUCGGGAGUCGGCACUAAUUCUUUUACAAACAGUACCGACACAUAUUCAGGUUGAUGCAAUACAACAACGUUUAUUGGAAAAUGUUGAUGGUGUAUUAGCUGUACAUGAAUUUCAUGUAUGGCAACUAGCUGGUGAUCGUAUUAUAGCUUCCGCGCACAUAAGAUGUAGAAAUCUUUCAGAAUAUAUGAAAAUCGCAGAACAAGUUAAAGAAUUUUUCCAUAACGAGGGUAUACAUUCUACUACAAUACAACCAGAGUUUAUUGAUUAUCAAUCAAAUAGCGAAAUUAAAGAUACACCAACAGAGGAUUGUGUACUGGAUUGUCCAAAGACUGAUAAACCUUGCAACCAUGCUACUUGUUGCGGUCCCUCUAAACAGGGUCGUGAAUCUCCUUCGCCGGGGGAAACACCAUAUAUGUGCAGGCAGCGUAACAGCUUGGCACGUUCAACUACUUCUAUAGGAGGUACAAAACAACAGGAAGUGAACGAGAUGGAGCGAGGACAUUUACUUUCUCUAUCUGGUUCUCAUCAUUCCAUCCAACUUCCGCAUUCUCAUAUUAACACGCCGACAGUUUGAAUUAUUCUUUGAUAACCAUUCGCCUACCUCUAUAGCCGAUUACGCAACGUAAAGAAAUGCUAUUGUACAAAUAUAAUAAAUUAAUAAUUUGAUUAUGCA